CCAUUUAUAUAUCUCAUUACUCUCUCUGUUGUCAUUGAGAAAGAAUAGAAUCCAAUUGAAGGUGAUCAAAGAGAAGCUACGAGUAAACCAGAAAUUAAAAUGGCGACAAUGCUGAUCCAUGGAGAGACUGAUCUUUGCCUUGGCCUCCCCGGUGGUAAUAAUGAAUCUGCGGAGUGCUUGAAGAUAACCAGAAAAAGAGAGUUUUCUGAGACUGUAGACCUCAAACUCAACCUUCCAAUUCAACCCAAUAGUGCUGACAAGAAGAUGAAAGCUUCUUCUUCUUCUUCUUCUGCUUCUUCCCACCAUGAACCUAUCCUCAAGGAUCCCAUCAUGCCACCACCCAAGGCACAAGUGGUGGGUUGGCCUCCAGUGAAGAAUUACAGAAAGAAGAUGGCCCAGAAGAGCAACACGGAGGGAUCAGAAGAGAAAAGUAGUAGUAGCAGCAGCAGUAGCAGUGCAGCAAAUCUGGUGAAGGUGUGCAUGGAUGGUGCGCCUUACCUUAGAAAGGUGGACUUGAAGAUAUACACAAGCUACCAAAACCUCUAUGAUGCCUUGGCCAACAUGUUCACUUCCUUCACUACAAUUGGUAAUAAUGGAAUGAUAGAUUUCAUGAAUGAGAGGAAGCUAAUGGACCUACUCAACACUUCCGAAUAUGUGCCCACCUAUGAAGAUAAGGAUGGAGAUUGGAUGCUCGUGGGAGACGUUCCCUGGGAGAUGUUUGUGGAGUCGUGCAAUCGCCUACGCAUAAUGAGAGGAUCAGAAGCACCAAGGGCUAUGAAAAUCUGCAAGAGCAGGAGCUGAGACGUUACUUAUAUACAUGGAACAUGGACAUUCGAUUUCUUUCAAGCUGAGCAUAUUUAGAGAGAGGGGGGAGGGGGUGGAACUAAGAGCUAGGACUUCAUUAUGUAUGUAACUAUAUAUGUUGCUUCUUUGUUGUUCCUGAAUUGUAUUUUGAUUAUGUACUUUUUUUUUUUUUUAUGAGGAGUGAAACUCGCAACUACUACUUAAUGGUGUGUAUGUAUUGGGUAAAUCUCGUUUAUGUGUAAUAGUCUGCAAAUUAUAUAUACAAAAAAAGUAAAUGACAUUAUUAGGAAGACUAUGUAUGAUGAGUUUAAUCUUAAUUAUAUAGUCAUUCCUUAAUAUAUGUAGUGCUUGUGUGUGUGUAUAUUGGUAUAUUGAAGUUUAUUUCUUUAGGGAA